CACCAACCACACAAAAACCAACCAACCAACCAACCAACCAAGACAGACCAUCAAGGAUGGAAGACGAGGAGAAGAAGAGGAAGAAGAAGGACGAGGAACAGAAGGACGAGGAACAGAAAACACUCUCACUACCCACCCUCACACUCGAUCCACCCACUCAAGACAAAUCUAACUAUCGAUGCAAGUAUGAUCCUGCCCUGGAUACCAGUCUCGUCAAGAAGAGCGCUGGUCCACUCUACCGGCACUCAAAACCAGCACUGCUCAUCAAACCAAACCCAAACCGAGACCCACGACUCAAAUUGGCCUACCCCUCUCCACUAUCUACUCAUCCAACCACCCCUUCUGGUCGUUCAGCCCUCAUCGCCGGCCUAUCCCGUUCAUCCCGUACCAGGCAGGCCUUCCAUUCGAGGGUCGAACUAAUACCAUCCUAUCCCUACGAUCGAAACAGUCUCGGCCCCCCUCCCCCUCCACCCCCAUCAGCGAUCCUGAUCACCAUGUUAGAUAAACUGGUCACCGGCGAACAGGUGCGGAGUCAUUUCUCUCAGUUUGGCAGGAUUGCCGAAUGUGAGAUCAAACUGGACCCUCAAACAGGUGGCUCCCUGGGUAUCUGCUGGCUACGAUUCCUCAAUCAAAUCACUCAUCCUACCGCUGAAUCUCGUCACAGUUCAUCCUCUCAAACUCCGACCAUCAGCAGUAUCAGCAACAAGAACAAUCGAGACCAACAGGAUGGUCAUCAAUCUGCACUCGCUGCCGUCAAAAAGGCCAAUGGGGCUAGGAUCGGCUGUAUGUUGAACAUGGGCCCGGCCCCCACUAGCUCAUCUGCUUCCAGGCGACUUUCAACAUCAAACAAACUGCAGCAUUACGGUAUCCGAUGUCAACUCGAUGGUCAAGGUAAAAAAUGUGAACAGGCCGUCGCCGAACAACUCGAUCUACUCUAUCCCCCUCUACCACCUCCACCUCCACUCCAAGACCUCAGCCCUUCACCCCUACCACCACCUCCCCUACAGCUCGAUUCUCAUCUCUCCCCAGCCCCCACCAACCAACCGCUGCUACCCUCACCUUCACACCAACCAUCCACUGUGACUAGCUCAUCCCAUCCGUCAGUUCCAGCCCCUAAUCAUCUCACUCCUCAACAUCUUGAACUUGAAUCUGAAAUUUCGAAGCGAAUAUCAACCUCUAUCACCCUUGCCCCCUCCCCUCAUCCGAUAAACCAUCUUUCACAGUCAACCCCUCAUCAUAUUCCGACUUCAAUCAAUCAGCUCACUGGAUCAGACAGUCAUGCUCUUCACUUAAACGAUCAGGCCUUCUUACCUUCAGAAAUUGACCCCAGCUCUCAAUCAUCACUGCCACCACCACCACCUCAGGCGGCUCUAGCCCACCCACCCACGAUUCCCUCAGCCAUGCGCCACAGAGAUUACUCUCAGCUACCUUCUUCCUCGACUCGACAUCUAUCCACCCCAUCAGUCAAAUCUAAGAUCCCAGAAUCAUCACAUCUUUCAUCGAGUCUGACCAGUUCCAAGAUGCCCAUGGUCCUCAAGACCAGUCAUUACAUCAAACAGGGCCAUGUGGCUAGCUCAUCAACUCGUAGCAAAAUUGCCGCUGGGUUUGUUGCGGCAGCCCAAACCGCAGCGAUCACGGCCGCGAAGAAAGCAGGUCUCAAGCUAUCCUCUCACGAGCAAACAGAGGAGCACAGAAGGUCGGGUUCCAGGGACCGUCGUGGAGGUCGGAGGAGUCGGUCGAGUAGCACGGAUUCGAGGCCGUACAUUCCGAAAAGUGGCAGUUCAAAGAGCGGCUCAGAUGAUUCCGAAUCGGAGAGUGAAGAUGAGGAUGCGCGAGAAGAGAGACAGAAGGAAGAGGCCCGCGAAGAGCUGAUUCAGAGUCGCACUUUCCACCGUCCUGGUCGACCAGAUCUCAGACCUACAACAACCUACAAACCAUCAAUACCUCGUCCAUCCCUACCCGGACUAUCCUUACUAUGGCCUCACAAUCAUAUCGGGAUCGAUAAAUCAAUCAAAAUCGAGAUCUUGAAGCGACUCUCACUCAAUCACUUCAGCUUUUUGACCAUUAAUCGUGUCCAUUUGGCCGAAGUUCAGGAACGAUGUAAGGUCUUCUACGGACAGGCUGAACUGAAAGAAUACUUCUCGAAAUUCCAACCCGACCAGAUCAUGACCGACGGGCAGAUGUGGUACAUUACGUUCCUGACUCCCAACAACGCACAAUUGUCAUACGCGUACAUCCACUCAUCAAGCUACGUGGGUACCAAGUUGCCGAUCGAAGUUCACGAACCGAUUACUCCGCAGUACUUUCGAGAGUUGGUAGACAACAACAUGCAACCUUUGCCAGUCCGAAGAAGGUGCAAUGAUGAUGAGCCUAGUGAUCGUCGGCCCGCACAAGAGAGAGCAGAUGAUGUUGAUCAAGAAAGAAGGCAAGUAGUUGUGGAAGAGAUAGAGAAGAAGCAAAAAAUCGACAGCCGGCCUAAGCACGAUGAUUCCGACCGGGCCGAUCGGUCAAUUGAAAGUAAACCUCAGGCAGAUCUUCAAAGACUGGCUAUCAUCAGCGCUCCUCAACCUCCUCUGCGAACUCUGGGACAUCCAAGUUCUUGGGAAAACAACCCAGAUCAACGAUCAGCAAUUUUAAAAUUGCCAUCAUUUUCGAAACGGAAAUCCUCUCAAUCCGUCACCAAGAAUUCCAGCCAAUCAAGAUCUCAUGACAAUACCAACCCGGCUCCCCCUGGUGGUAUAAAGAAGGAUAAUUUGAGCAGGCAAUCUCUGAUUGAAGAUGACGAGUCAAUUGAAACCACCGGCAGAGCCUCGUCACACAAACAGGCGAUCGAAGAUGAUGAUUUUGCAUCAAUUGCCUCUUCCGACGUCAACCAGCCUCGCCGACGCAGACCUAACAGUACUCGAGAGUCACGCCCACCCGUGCAGGAGACUGUUCCAUCAUCAUCUCCCACACAUGCCAUUUCGGAUGAAGAAUCAGAUAAAAGGCCUAGCUACCCAGCCAAUCCGCCACCGAGACCGAUCAAGAAGCGGGUCGUCCAGCCCGCCAAAAAACGGCGGUUCCAGAAAGUAGCAUUUACGAGUAGUGAGGAGGAGGAAGCAGAAGAAGAAAAGAAGGAUCAGCCACCCAAAAAUAAGAAGUGGAAACGCGCUCAGUUGGCUACUGAAAAAGAUGAGAAGACUCAAACGGUGGUCGAGGUCCCACCUUGUCCUGAGGAGCCCAAAGUGACGGUGGAUGAGAUCAUCCUCGAUUCUCCCAUUGGCGUCUCGGCACCGUCUCCCAGAGCCCCUGGAACCUUAGAUUCAUUGGCAGAGAGCGAGGUACCGCCAACUGAAAGCAUACUGGAAGUCAAACCGAGGCGGAACAAGAAAGUUCGUCUAUCAGCCCAAGCCCGAUCAUCAACAAAGAAGGCUCAGAAUGGGCGUAUGGUGGUAGAUGAGGAACAAGCAGUUCCGAGGCUCGAAGAGGUAGCCGAGGACGCAGAGGAUCUAUACUUUGUUAAAUUGGCGUUGAGCAGGUCGAGGUCCGGCCGAAGUCUUCAUCCACCGAUCACACAGAAACCUAAAGCAACGGACGCUUCUAACCAACCACUCGAUCGAAACAGAAAAGUGGGCCAGGAUCGGUCGAUCGUUCAUUGGCAGCGUAGAGCAAGGAAGAGCAGUUCUCCCAGCUUGAAAGCUGGAUCAGAAUGUGAAGCAGAACAAGAAGAAGAGGAAGCUCAGAGUGAAUCGAAGGGGAAAGCAAACGAAGGUGUCGGUAGACAUUCAACAGGUUCAUCACGCACCGAGGGAUAUUAUCACAUCUCCUCUUCCCAAAAGGCGAUCUAUCUGCCCCAAAGAAACAAGGCUAUCAUCGAUCUCGGAUCCCUCGCCCCCGCAACGGCCACGACGGCCACGACGACGACGGUCAGCAAUCCCACCCAAUUCUCAGCCCUUGCCCUGUCCAGGUCCACCCGUGUCAAUUCGCGAAGAUUCAUCCUCAACAUGGAACAGAAUAAGAAAGCUAGCAUCCUCUCUUCCGGAAACAAUCCCGCCAACGACUCACUCGACUCGUCUCUUCAACUCCAAGCCAAUCCUAAUCCUGCUCCCUCACUCGACUCGGUUGCCGAUGUGCUCAAAUUCAAUCAGCUGAGGACUAGGAAAAAACAGUUGAAGUUCUCGAGAUCACCUAUCCAUGAUUGGGGAUUAUAUGCAAUGGAGACUAUCCCAGCAGGAGAGAUGGUGAUCGAGUAUGUGGGAGAAGUGAUCAGACAGGCGGUUGCUGAUCGACGGGAGAAGCUAUACGAGCGGAUGGGGAUCGGAUCGAGUUAUCUGUUUAGAGUCGACGACGACUUGGUUGUUGAUGCCACCAAGAAAGGAAACCUGGGGAGGUUGAUCAAUCAUUGUUGUAGUCCUAACUGCACCGCUAAAAUCAUCACGAUCAAUGGAGAGAAGAAAAUUGUGAUCUAUGCCAAAGUGACCAUCGAACUGGGUGAUGAAGUGACAUACGACUAUCACUUCCCAAAGGAAGAGGUCAAGAUCCCAUGUCUGUGUGGCUCAGUAAAAUGCAAAGGAACUCUGAAUUGAGCAUACCGAUCUGGGAUCCUACUUGCAGACUGCUCUCACUUCUCCUUGCCCCAUCCCCCCUGUCUGACCUGGUGCACUAGCUUAUUGGUCCCAUUUCUUAUUUGUUCCAAUAUAUACAUAUAUAUAUUUAUACCGUAUCUUAUUUGUUGGGCUAGUUUCACUUAAUUUGCUCAAAACUUCUCACUUGAAAUAGCCUCUUCUUCCUAAAUCAAACAAAACAGAAUAGUAUAGUAUGGCGUUUAUAC